AUGACCCCGUACACGAAACAUGUCUACGAAUUGCCACUAGAACAGGAAGAAACCCAGGAACUGAUCAGUGGAGAUCAAAGCUACGAGAUGGGCGGCGUGCAGAGACAGACACGUCACCGGCGCGCGAAAUUCGAAUGUGCGCAGCGUCGCAGAGAUGUACAUUGCACUCUCUAUGACCACGCUGUGGGAGAACUGAUCGUGAAGCGAUACAACAAAAAUGCUGCGUUCGCUAAUAGAAAGGAUUCAAGGAUCAUCCUAGAACCGACAGCAAGCCUCACGAGCUGGAAUGAAAUUCAAACACAAGGAAACAUGGGGUAUGAGGGAACCGAAAGUAAGUUCAGAUGCGAAUACGAUAAUCUUAGAUGCUCGAUUGGUCCAUAG